AUGGCUCAGUCAUCUCGGCCAACCCGUGGCCAGCGCCCCGGGACGGGUGGCGCCCAGACCCACCGUGAUCGUGAAUGGUCGACCCCAGCUGAAGUGCGCCCCAGGAAGAAACAAAGACGUCAAGUUAUCAGCUCUGAACCAUCGGAAGACGAGGAAGAUGACAUGCUAUACCAGUAUGCACAACCACUUCGGUCGGACGACACCGAGCGGUCCGAGCCUGAGCCUCAACCACGGUCUCGGUCUCGGCAACCAAGGACUCGGAACCAGACUGGCACGGUCCAUGAAGAUCAAGAGAAGGCCCUCGAUGGCGAUCGGUCGGCCUUUGGCAGGCUCAUCCGUGCCAUGCGGGCGAAGAAGCCAACAGAUCGAGAAAAGCAGGUUCUCGGAUCGUGGACGCACAAUGCCCGGCACCUUGCCCGGAUCAUAGGACCCUUCAUCAACACACUCAACAUUCUUUUAUGCGGUAUUUACUACUGCAGUGUCGACCCGGAGCAGUGGGACCUGACGCUCAUGAAGGGAAUGGAUACAAACACAAUCGAAUGCUAUGUGAACUACUUCGAACGCAUCCUCACUGUCCUCCCCGAACUCGACGAAAUCUUCGACAAGCUUGUUGACUGCAAGCCGGCAGUGCGCCAUGUGUCGAACUUUCUGGAGCGCCACAUGAAGCAGGCGCGGUCCGAUGACAGCACCAAUGUGAAGAGUAAUAUUCUUCGAUUCAUUGCUGCAAAACCCGAAUAUCCUGAACUUCGGAUCGACCUCGAAAAGACCAGGCGCGGCUUCCACCACCUGGUUACUGCCCGCCAUAUUUGCCCCGCAGCGCUUCUUGAUCUUUUCGAUCGAAGCCCUCAACACUUCUGUGACGAAGCGCUUGCUGGGAAGGUCCAGAUUACAGCAGACCAUCUGCCAGCAUUUAUGUAUCCCGACGACUCCUACAAUUCACUCGCUCCCGAUGAGCAGCUCCUUCAAUCGUCUCUCAUUGCCUCGUGCUAUCGCUCCGUGAUCACGGGACCGGGAAGUGCCCUUGCACCCACCACCGGCGAUGCCCAAGAUUCCAAGCUGGCAAAUGCUCGUCGCUCCGUCGCAAAGUCGUACAGCAUCUCUGAGUGCUCGCCUGAGACCAUCGCAUACAUCACUACGCAGUGUCGCUUCUCGUUGGACGCUACACACGAAUGGAAGGUCGCAGACGGGGAGUUCAAGUAUCAAGUUUUCUUCGACAAUAUCCUAGCUCUCUUCGACGAUGAGGAGUUUGCGGCGGAAACUAUUAAGUGGUACAAUAUUGAGGUGUUCGGCGGUGGGCACCGUGACGAGAGUGGCCGGAUAACCGCCGGCCCCUCGACGAUGGAGCUCAUCGCUGCGAAGCGCCGCACUCGGGACAAAGGGAAGGCCCCGGAACAGCGCUCUGCUCAACCAGCAGCCCAGGCCAGCGACUCGACACAUCCGACUCGGAGAACCAGUGAGGAACCGCCGUCGAGUGGGCAAGGGACGCAACAGCUGCCGACAGCUCCACGGCGUCCGCCUGAGGGAAGUGUCGCGGGUGAUGAAGGCAUGCAGGGCGCAGGCGAGCCGGAGGAACCUGAGUAUAGUGACUGA